CCAAUAUAAGCAGGUGUGGUGAAGUUGCUAAAGUUUGCUCUUUUUAAGUGAUUUAUUUGAGGCAGAAGGGGAGAAUGGGCAGAAAAACUUUGUGCAAAAGUGAAACUGUCUGCCGAGAUGUUACUAUAAAUGGAAGUGCUGAGUGCCUGCAAAAUGUUGACUUACUUCCAGGCCCUCCACCGACGAACCUCUUCCAGCCUCCGCGGCGUCCUGGACUGGGAACGCUGGGAAAGCCAAUUCGGCUACUGGCCAAUCAUUUUCAGGUUCAGAUCCCGAAGAUAGAUGUCUACCAUUAUGAUGUGGACAUCAAACCAGAGAAAAGGCCAAGGAGAGUCAACAGGGAGGUGGUGGAUACAAUGGUGCGUCAUUUCAAGAUGCCGAUUUUUGGAGAUCGCCAGCCAGGUUAUGAUGGCAAAAGGAACAUGUACACUGCUCACCCUCUACCAAUUGGCAGGGACAGAGUUGAUUUGGAAGUGACCCUUCCUGGUGAAGGUAAAGACCAGACAUUCAAAGUCACUAUUCAGUGGGUCUCUGUGGUGAGCCUUCAGCUUCUUUUAGAGGCUUUAGCUGGACAUCUAAGUGAAGUACCGGAUGAUUCUGUUCAGGCUCUUGAUGUAAUCACUCGCCAUCUACCAUCCAUGAGGUAUACACCAGUUGGUCGGUCUUUCUUCUCUCCUCCUGAAGGUUAUUAUCACCCACUCGGUGGUGGGCGAGAAGUAUGGUUUGGCUUUCACCAGUCUGUUCGUCCAGCCAUGUGGAACAUGAUGCUCAAUAUAGAUGUUUCUGCGACUGCCUUUUACCGUGCUCAGCCGGUCAUAGAAUUUAUGUGUGAAGUCCUAGACGUGCAGAACAUCAAUGAACAAACAAAGCCUUUGACUGAUUCACAGCGUGUCAAGUUCACCAAAGAAAUAAGAGGUCUGAAAGUUGAAGUGACGCACUGUGGACAAAUGAAAAGAAAGUACAGGGUGUGCAAUGUUACUAGAAGACCAGCAAGCCACCAGACGUUUCCUUUGCAGUUGGAGAAUGGUCAAGCCAUGGAGUGUACCGUUGCUCAGUAUUUUAAGCAGAAAUAUAGCUUACAGUUAAAAUAUCCACAUCUCCCUUGUCUGCAAGUGGGACAGGAGCAGAAACACACAUACUUGCCACUUGAGGUUUGCAACAUUGUAGCUGGACAGCGAUGUAUUAAGAAACUGACAGACAAUCAGACUUCCACCAUGAUCAAAGCUACAGCUCGAUCUGCUCCAGACAGACAGGAGGAGAUCAGCAGGCUGGUGAAGAGUAACAGUAUGGUCGGUGGACCAGAUCCAUACCUUAAGGAGUUUGGUAUUGUUGUUCAUAAUGAAAUGACAGAGCUAACAGGCAGAGUCUUGCCAGCACCAAUGCUUCAGUAUGGCGGAAGAGUGAGUAAUAAAACUGUAGCCACACCAAACCAGGGUGUUUGGGACAUGAGAGGAAAGCAGUUCUACGCUGGUAUUGAGAUCAAAGUUUGGGCUGUUGCUUGUUUUGCACCACAAAAGCAGUGCAGAGAAGACUUGUUAAAAAGUUUCACUGAUCAGUUGAGAAAGAUCUCCAAAGAUGCAGGGAUGCCCAUUCAAGGUCAGCCUUGCUUCUGUAAAUAUGCCCAAGGUGCGGACAGUGUGGAGCCAAUGUUCAAACAUCUGAAGUUGACAUAUGUUGGUCUUCAACUUAUUGUGGUGAUUUUGCCUGGCAAGACCCCAGUUUAUGCGGAGGUGAAACGAGUAGGGGACACACUACUUGGUAUGGCCACUCAGUGUGUUCAGGUGAAAAAUGUAGUCAAGACUUCUCCUCAGACACUAUCAAACCUCUGCCUGAAAAUCAAUGCCAAGCUGGGGGGAAUUAACAACGUGUUGGUUCCUCACCAAAGACCUUCAGUGUUUCAACAGCCUGUUAUAUUUCUGGGAGCAGAUGUAACACACCCCCCUGCUGGGGAUGGCAAGAAACCUUCCAUUGCAGCUGUAGUGGGCAGCAUGGAUGGGCAUCCCAGCCGCUACUGUGCCACUGUGCGUGUUCAGACCUCGCGCCAAGAGACAACCCAAGAGCUGCUGUACAGCCAGGAAGUUAUUCAAGACCUUAGCAACAUGGUUCGGGAACUGCUUAUUCAGUUCUACAAGUCAACUCGGUUCAAACCCACUAGAAUUAUCUAUUAUAGAGGAGGUGUUUCUGAAGGUCAAAUGAAACAGGUGGCAUGGCCUGAGCUUAUGGCUAUUCGAAAGGCCUGCAUCAGCUUGGAAGAAGAUUACAGGCCUGGAAUAACAUACAUUGUUGUACAAAAAAGGCAUCAUACAAGGCUUUUUUGCGCUGACAAAACAGAAAGGGUUGGAAAGAGUGGCAAUGUGCCAGCAGGAACUACUGUUGACAGCACAAUAACACAUCCAUCAGAGUUUGAUUUCUAUCUCUGUAGUCAUGCUGGGAUUCAGGGAACAAGUCGUCCAUCUCAUUACCAGGUUCUCUGGGAUGAUAACUGCUUCACUGCUGAUGAACUCCAACUGCUUACCUACCAGCUGUGUCACACAUAUGUGCGUUGCACACGAUCUGUUUCGAUCCCUGCCCCUGCCUACUAUGCUCGACUCGUUGCAUUUAGAGCAAGGUAUCAUCUUGUGGAUAAGGAUCACGACAGUGCUGAAGGAAGCCAUGUAUCUGGUCAGAGCAAUGGUCGAGAUCCUCAGGCUCUGGCCAAAGCUGUUCAGAUUCACCACGACACACAGCACACAAUGUACUUUGCCUGACAGCACAGUGAGAGCUGGCACAAACUCUCCUCAUCCUUCUUUUCCAAUCCCUGAAAUCUGUUAAGCAGACUUCCCUGUAAUGUUCAGGGCCAGUUCUGUCUCUUGGCUUCCCACCAGCACAUUUUGGACUUUUUGCACUGAAUCUCUUUAUGAUGGCAUUUGAAUGGAGGAAAGAUGCAAACAUUUUUAUUUAGUUAUGUAAAAAAACUUAUGGAUUGUCUUCUGAUGCAUUGGACUGAAUAUUUACCUCAAGCUCAAAAGAUAUCUGAACAUUUUACUCCAAGCAACUCUUGUUGUGUUAAUUAUUUUUAAUUUGCAAGCCAGCAUUUCAUCAUCCUUGGUUGUAACAAAAAUGUACAUGCUUUUUUGUCUCAACAUGCUGCUUUGCGACUGUACUUAAACGGAAAAGUGUAACUGAGUGGGGCCAUAGACUUGCUAAAUGAGGUUUAGUCCUUACUGUAAAAUACCUUCUUAAUGUUUUUACAGGUAAUGCCGUCUGUCAGGUUUCUUAACCAUUGCAAACUUGUACUUUUUAAUGAGUGCAGGCUGCAAAUCUAUUGCACUAUAUUGCAUAUUAAUUAAGGUAAGUUUUUAUUUCUGUAUAAAAUGAAUGUGUAAUAUUAAGAUUUAAUAUAAGGGCCAUGUGGCGAGCACUGCCAUAUAAUUUUUCACAUGCAGAUUGCCAUUACUCUUCCUUCCCCAGACACCUUUUGCUGCCCAAAACAUGUUAGUAUUUUGCCAGCACACACAGAUGCCCGUGUUAUUGCUGCUGCAGUUUGAUAAAGUUUUUACUCUCGAAGGGAUGGGGUGUGGGGUACCAUUUUAUGGCAAUAACACAUUUUUAGUAUCAUUUACUAUCAUUUCGGCAUCCACAUGGUUUCUGGGUGUUGUAUGAUGUAGACGUUGUCUCCUUUCAUUACCAGUGAAUUUGUGGGGAAUCUGUUUUACAAAAUUACCUUCUCACUCUUAAGGUUUUUCUCUGCUGGUUUUUUUUGAGCAUGUUUUUUUUUCUGUCUAUGUGAUGUAGAUUGUUACUUCCAGUAUAGCCUAUGACCUCUAUUGUUGGCAGAGAAUCCUUCAUUGCCAGCAGGGCAGGCCCUGCAUUUACAAAGAAUUAAAGCUCCUUGACUGUUGGGAGAGAUUUAGGCAGCUUUGGGCCCGCUGAGACUACACGAUUUAUACCAGCAUUUUCUAUUCGUGUUGGUUCUCUGGACCCAGACUAACAAAGUGCAUGUUUGUAUAAUCUGCAUGUACAACAUUUUCUUAUUAUGCCUUUAUUCAGUUUAUUAUUUUUAUGAAUGAAAACCAACCCAUUUCUGUAUACACAUGCUCUUACCUGUCCUCCUUGAUCCCUCCACUCUAAAAGGUUCUUGAGAUAAACCUUUGCAGUGCUCAACUACCUGCAGGUUUUGUGAUGUGGCAACUCCAUUAACUUUAACAAGCCCUGUCUUUUGUUUCUCUGGUAUACCUCAGUUGCAUUUACUGCUUUUUUUCCUGCUCUAAUUAUCCAUGUUCUUACAGCAUGACAACAGGUUUGACCAUUGAUUUUCUUUUUCUUCUCUCCAUAUCUACACAGAAUAUACCUCACUGGGACAGUAGAAGUUGUGAAUGGGAGGGUUAUUGUGCUGCUUUGGGCUUUAUUGCUGCUUGGUAACCCACUUUAGUGCCAGGAGGACCUCCUGAAGGUGCUAAGGUUGUAAUCUUUUGUAUGUAGUGUGUUUGCAGUUGCAGCUUGGUGAGAAUCUCCAUAUGACCUUGAUAGCUUUGCUGUGUUUACUGGUGAUUAUUUCUUCAGCAGUUCCAUUUCCCCAGAUUAUAACUGGUGACACAUAGGGCUGUUUUUAUGGGUCAUGCCAUUUGUUGGCCCACUGUUUAUUAUAUGUAUAUUGUGUAACUAGACCAAAACAUUGAUUGGCUCACAUCAGAAGAGCAGUCCCAUGCUAUCUCUGAUUUGCUGCAUACAUAGCCAGCCAGGAUUUCUGUUUUCAGUGACUAACUCUCUAAUCAUUUCAGGUAUGAGGUAUGUUCUAAGUACUCAUUCAGAGGUAUUUUUUUAAAAUAAUUGCCCAAUUUGGUUAAAAUUAUAAUUGCCGGGCCUGAUCUAGCUUAGGAGUAAGUUUAUUACCAAAGGCAAGUUUCUUGGCUAUCUUAGGAGAUAUCAGGCAGCUAUGAGCUACAGUCCCAAGCAAUUGAGGCUUCUUGGAAAGGUUUAGUUUAGAUACCCUGUUAGGCUUAAAACUUAGCUCAAUUGGGUUUAACUAGCAAGUUUGAGUAUUUCAUGUGACUGACAGACAAUGACAUCAUCUAAUGUAAAGUACAGGGCAAAUCUAGUACUGAAACAUCCAAAAUGAACAAUAAUAUGAAUUUGUGGUCAUUUCUGUAUUAAAACUAUAAAAUGUUAAUGCCAAUGAAAUUUAGAAGUCCACUGUAGGAAAUGUUAUGUAGUGAAAAAAUGCAGACCUACGUAGCACCAUUUAUGCAAUAUGUGAAAAAAACAGAAGGCUAUUGCUUUUCACUCCCAUAGCAUUAAGAGUUUUAAGCCCCUUUGGGUUGCGAUCAUCAACAGUGUUUUCUAUUACGGCUUACACAAUAAGCAACAAGAUAACUGUGCCAUGAGCUUCAGUAUGCAGCCGACUUUAUUGCCGUGUCGAGCUUUGGCCACUCGUGACUAUUAAAGGGUCAGCUACACACUUGUAUAUAGAUAUAAAACUGAGCCAGGAUACCUACAGCAGUGGAGAUCUGUACAGUUUUGAAAGUAUGAUUAUGUCUUUGUUAGGACCGCAAUAUCAGAUGAGGUUUUUUUUGUUUUUUUUUCAUUUUGUUUGAUUUCUGGUUAAGGAUAAAGGGACAUGGGUGGGUGGGAAGGUAGCAUUAAGUAGAAGUGGGGUAUGUGUUUUGUAAACUUUUGAAACACUGCACAAUUUGUGUUGCAGCAAUACUAUUGUGAACUUUUUUUUUUUGUUUUUUUUUUCUCUUUUCCCUAGUAAAUAGCAGGGGGUGUGCUUGGAUCAGUGUUUUGGGGAAAAUUCGUACCUGUUUUAAGAGGUUUGAGUAGCUGUUGCAUAUUUUCAGUUUCUCUCUUAUGAGACUUUUUAAAGGGAAUCUGUUAUGAAUGUUCAGGAAUUUGUAAAAUAAUUUGGUGACAUUUUUCAACUUUUACUAAAUUGUACACCCUAAUCGGUGUUUCUCAAAUAUGUAUUUUCCGUUCUUACUGGCAAUUAAAUUUUUUUUUUACUGGUUCUCAAAAGAAUUCUAAGUCCCAAUGAGAACUCUAGACUUGUCCAGUUACAGCCUUUCUAUACACAGUCAACCCAUUACUUGUUUGUAAGUGUAAAAGAAAAAUUUAUGCUUUAAAAUUGCCCGUUAUUGAAACUUUGUAUACCAUACGGGGAAAUGAGGGGUGUUGGUCAUUUUGCACCAAAGUAAAGAAAUUACAGAUUUUAGAUGUUAAUACUGCAGUCUGAAAAUGCAUAGUUGUUUUUUCAAGUUAACUGGCAUCCUAAUUACAAGACUAUAUUGAAAAAAGCAUUUCAUAUUUAGAGUGAUGGAUCUGAAGAUUUAAAGGCUAUAUCCAGGUAGAUACCAGACUGCUGACUGGUAGGACAGUCUGUGUGUUCUUAUGAUUGGCCCUUCAUUAAGCGGUAGUAAUUCAGAAUCUGUGUUUAAACUUUGCUUCAGAUAAGUGAAUCAAGGUCAAGUGAGAGUUGUAGGCCUCUAACCAUGCUUGUAAGAGCACUUGGUGUAUUAAACCCGCACUUUGGCAUAGCCUAUGAAUACAACAGCCUGCCUAGUAUGAAGGGGUUUAUUUGCAGAGUAUUCUCAAGGUAAGUUUGGUCUGUGUAGAUAGUUGUAGCAUAAGA